UGAAGCUUUCUUUGCAAGAUCCGCUUCUUUUUCUUUCUCUCUCUUUCUUUCUUUUUUUUUUUCUUGCAUUUUGGUUUGGAACAGAAUAAGGAGAGUGAGAGAAAAAGAGAAAGAGAAAGUUCCAAUCUUUUGACAGAGAUCUGGGAAUUUUUCUAUGUACAGAAGAAUUAUUGACAGAUGGGGAAAAAAGAAGGGUGGUUUUCUGUUGUGAAGAGAGUUUUGAGCCCUGAGUCCAAGAAAGAUCAGAAAACUCCAAAAUCAAAGAAAAAAUGGUUUGGAAAAAGCAAGGACUUGGGGCCAGUUUCUUUGCCAGAAGAAACUGAAGUGACUGCACUUCCUCCUCCCACCGAAGAUGUCAAAUUAACAGAUGCUGAAAAUGAACAAAGCAAACAUGCCUACUCCGUGGCUCUUGCCACGGCUAUGGCUGCUGAGGCCGCGGUUGCAGCUGCUCAGGCUGCUGUUGAAGUUGUUCGUCUCACUUCUGUACCACGCUAUCCGGGAAAGUCCAAGGAGGAAAUAGCUGCUAUCAAGAUUCAAACUGCAUUUCGAGGAUACUUGGCUCGGAGGGCAUUGCGAGCUUUGAGAGGGUUGGUGAGGUUGAAAUCAUUGAUCCAAGGGCAAUCUGUCAAACGGCAAGCAACUACUACAUUAAGAUGCAUGCAGACUCUUGCUCAUGUGCAGGCCCAGAUUCGUGCAAGGAGGAUUAGAAUGUCAGAAGAAAACCAGGCUCUCCAGUGGCAGCUUCAACAGAAACGUGAGAAAGAGCUUGAGAAGUUGAGAGCUUCUAUGGGAGAAGACUGGAAUGAUAGUACACAGUCUAAGGAACAAAUUGAAGCAAGACAACAAAAUAAGCAAGAAGCAGCUAUGAGAAGGGAAAGAGCAUUGGCUUAUGCAUUCUCUCGCCAGCAAUCAUGGAAGAACUGUUCUAGAUCAGUGAAUCAAACAUUUAUGGAUCCAAGUAAUCCCCAUUGGGGUUGGAGUUGGUUAGAACGAUGGAUGGCAGCUCGGCCAUGGGAGAUCCGAAGCACAACAGAUAACAAUGACCGUGGCUCAGUCAAGAGUAUGGGUGCCUGUUCCAUGUCUAUUGGUGAAAUCAGCAGAGCUUAUUCUCGAAGAGAUCUUAACAAUGAUAAUAACCCAUCUCCAAAACCCCCAAAAUCAAGUCAACCUCGCAGCCAUCAAUCCCCUUCAACUCCACCUUCAAAGGCACCUUCUAUUUCAUCAGUUUCCAGUAAAAGAAGAAUGCCGAGUCCAAGGGGGAGUCAAUGGGGAGGUGAUGAAGACUCAAGGAGCAUACUCAGUGUCCAGUCUGAUCGUUACAGGAGACAUAGCAUUGCAGGCUCAUCAGUGAGAGACAACGAGAGCCUUGCAAGUUCACCUGCUAUUCCAAGUUACAUGACACCAACACAGUCAGCAAAGGCCAGGUCCCGAUUACCAAGUCCUUUGGGAUUAGAGAAAAAUAGGAUGCCAGAGAGGGGAUUGGCCGGCUCUGCAAAGAAGCGGCUUUCAUUCCCUGCAUCCCCAGCUAAUAAUAGGAGAUAUUCUGGUCCUCCUGAGGUGGAUAUUACACUGAUUAAGGAUAUUAAAAUGCAGAAAGGACUGAAAUGGAGCAAUGUAGGAGGGAGAUAGUCCGGCUGGGAACGAAAGAACUUUGAGUUUAGAAACAAAACGGAAACCAAAUCAGAAUGAAUCAAAGAUGUCAUCAUGAUCAUCUUUAACAACUGCUCUCUGGUAAACAGCUGCAACAAAAAGAAGUGUGAAUAAAAUGGGGGGUUACCACUUAAUCUAUUGUAUUGUCUUUGUGAUCAUCUUUUUUCUUAUUCUCAACUAUCUCUCUUCUUAGGGUUGUUACUUAGGAUUGGUUUUGUGGUGAGAUUACUUUAUGUUUUGUUUGUUUGUUAGUGGUCUUGCUGCCAAAAACUCAAUAAUUUUCUAAAUUGAGUUUAGUUUAUGAUUUGCUUGUUGUCUUGCCAA